UAAUGGUGCGGAAAUGGCCGUCUCAGAAGAACGCCAAGUUGAGGGUUCAAUUCCCUUUAUAUCUGACGGAAAAUGCAAAAUUGGUAAGUUGGCCGGUUCAGAGCAAGACAAUAUCUUGCCUAAUGCACAUGAAACUGUGACAGUAUCAGAUGAGCAAGAAAAAGAAGGUUCCGCAGACAACCCCAGGAGUCCAGAAUCAAAUGAAACACCAUUAAGUCCGCCCAUAUCUGAAGACAAACUUAAGUCAGAACAGAACUACAGUUUGCGUGAUGUUGGCCAAGAAAACUGGAAGAACGCAUGUCCAGAAAAUAACUGGAACAGUACAGUUAACCAAAUUGCGCCAAAUGUGAUUCGAAAUCAUGGGGAGACAGAAGCCUAUAAUAUGGGUUCGCGUAAUGAUGCCCAUAAUUCUGAUGAAAUUUCGUAUAAAGAUGAGAAAACUAAGUCGGUCGAAUCAGAUGGUGAUCAAAAAUUUAAUGCGAAUUUAUUAGAUGCCGAUUCUCCUAGUUAUCUAAUAUCCUCUAGUGAAAAUUUUAAUGAAUUUGAUGGAGAUAUUUUAGAAAAGCUGAAUUCCGAUAACCUAAAAUCAAAUAUCGUUCAUCAUCAUCUAUUCAUUUCUAGUAGAUUCUGCGUUCAAUACGAGAAAUAUGUCAUACUUAUUGUAUUUUGGAGAUAUGAAGAUCCAACAUUAUUUCGUGGGGGAGGAAAUGUUGGAGAAUUUCAACUUACAGAUAAUUUUUUCAAAAAUCAGAAUCUAAUUUUCGAAUCUUCAAAAAAAGGGAGGUGUUAGGUCGGCUUACAAUAAACUCUAUCAGAGCCUCCAGAGAGGCUCAUAAAGAGACCAACCAAUCAGCGGUUAGUUAGAAGCUAUGCUACUAAAAUGCUACUAAAAUAACAAGGUCCUGAUUGGCUGUUAACAUACUGUUACUAUGGGAUCUCAAGGUCUUUUAGCUACUAUAAAACCCCUGUUUUUCUGUACAUAAUUGAACCUUGUGGUAAAGUGCUUCUCUGAU